GUCUAAUUUAUUCUCACCCUAUUAGUGAAAUGUAUUGUUGAGUGUUGACUAUAAACUUAAAAGUCUAGUUAGCUACCAACUUACCUAUGCAUCCAUGUUAGUUUAAUUUUAUAGUUUCUCUAUAUAAACACACACCGGUUCUCAUUAUUCAAGAACACCUUCCAACCAUGACUUCCCAUAUUUCUCAAUCCAUGUUGUUCUACUAUAUUGCAAUAUUCCUCCACUUCAUUUUCAUCACUUCAUUUCCUUCACUAGCUCAAUCUGAUAACUAUAUCAUACACAUGAACAUAUCAGCCAUGCCUAAAGCAUUCUCAACUCAUCACACAUGGUAUCAAUCAACUCUUUCCUCUGCAUUAGAGAAACCUCAACUUGCAACAUCCGAUAAUCUCAACUCUCCAAUUUCAUCUAAGUUAAUUUACACCUACACGCAUGCCAUGAAUGGUUUCAGUGCUAAUUUGUCACCAAAAGAACAUGAAUCUCUCAAAAACUCCCCUGGUUACAUUUCUUCCAUACCUGAUUUACACUUGAAGCUUGACACAACACACUCACCUCAAUUCCUUGGCCUCAAUCCAAACGUAGGAGCUUGGCAUGAUUCGAAUUUUGGUAAAGAUGUGAUUGUUGGUUUGAUUGACACAGGUGUUUGGCCAGAAAGUGAAAGCUUCAAAGAUAAUGGAAUUGCUAUCAUUCCUUCAAAAUGGAAAGGAAAAUGUGAAAAUAGCAUUCAUUUCAAUUCAUCACUUUGCAACAAAAAAUUAAUUGGUGCUAAAUUCUUCAACAAAGGAAUAUUAGCAAAACAUCCAAACAUCACCUUAGGAUUAAACUCCACACGCGACACAGAAGGUCAUGGGACUCACACUUCAUCAACAGCAGCCGGAAGUAGAGUUGAUGAAGCUUCAUUCUUUGGUUAUGCAGCUGGAAAAGCUUCAGGUAUAGCUUCGAAUUCACGUGUAUCAAUGUAUAAAGCUAUAUGGGAAGGUGGAUUGCUAUCGUCUGAUGUAAUAGCUGCAAUUGACGCUGCAAUAUCAGAUGGUGUUGAUGUUCUUUCAUUAUCAUUUGGUCUUGAUGAAGUACCUUUGUAUGAAGAUCCUGUUGCUAUAGCCACAUUUGCAGCUAUGGAAAAAGGUGUUUUUGUUACCACUUCAGCUGGAAAUGAAGGGCCAAAACUCAAAACAUUACACAAUGGAACACCUUGGGUUAUAACUGUGGCUGCUGGUACUAUGGACAGAACUUUCCAUGGGACUCUUACACUAGGAAAUGGUAACAAAAUCACAGGAUUGUCUCUCUACGUAGGAACAUUCCCUACACAUAAUAUUCCUAUUGUUUUCAUGGGUUUAUGUGACAAUGUUAAAGAAUUGAAAAAAGCGAAGAAAAAGAUUGUGGUGUGUGAAGAAAAGAAUGGAACUAACAUUUAUGAUCAAGUCUAUUAUUUGGAUGUUGCAAAAGUUUUUGGUGCUGUUUUGAUUUCAAAUGUCUCCAGUACAUACUAUUCACAAAAUAGUUUUGCAACCAUCAUUGUUGAUCCAAUGUUUGGGGAAAUUAUCAAAGCUUACAUCAAGAGUUAUUACAAUUCUAAGCAUGCUACUUCAGUUGCAAACAUGUCUUUCAUGGAAACUGGUUUUGGUGUUAAACCAGCACCUAGAGUUAGUUCUUAUAGUUCAAGAGGCCCAUCAUAUAGUUGUCCAUUUGUGUUGAAACCUGAUAUUACUGCACCUGGUACUUCGAUCUUAGCUGCAUGGCCUACAAAUGUUCCUGUGUUGGAAUUGAAGUCUCAAACGUUUUUCAGCAAGUUUAAUAUUAUAAGUGGAACAUCUAUGGCGUGCCCUCAUGUUGCAGGUGUAGCGGCGCUUAUAAAAGGUGCACACCGUGAUUGGAGCCCUGCGGCUAUUCGGUCGGCAAUAAUGACAACAUCAGACAUAUUUGAUAAUACUAACGAACAAAUCAAAGACAUUGGAACAGGUGACAAAGCAACACCUUUUGCAUUAGGAGCUGGUCAUGUUAAUCCUAAUAGAGCACUUGACCCUGGUCUUGUUUAUGAUGUUGGUGUACAAGAUUAUGUUAAUCUUCUUUGUGCACUAAAAUACUCUCAAAGAAACAUCACUACCAUUACAAGAUCUUCUUCCAAUAAUGAUUGCUCUAAACCUUCAUUGGAUCUCAACUACCCUUCUUUUAUUGCUUUUUUCAAUGGUGGAAAUUCUUCUUCAAGUACAGUACAAGAAUUUUACAGAACAGUGACCAAUGUUGGUGAGGGACAAUCAAUUUAUGUUGCUAGCAUUACUCCAAUCAAAGGGUUCCAUGUCAGUGUCAUCCCAAACAAAUUGAUGUUCAAUGAGAAGAAUGAGAAGCUAAGCUACAAGUUGAGGAUUGAAGUUGAAAGUAUGACAAAAUUAAAGAAAGUGGCGUUUGGAUAUCUAAUUUGGAUGGAUAUGAAUCAUGUUGUUAGGAGUCCAAUUGUGGUCACCACUCUCAAAUAAUUGUAGUUCUGGAUUCAUAUGUUAUUAUUGUUAGAUAAUAAAUUGUUGGACUUUAAUGUAUUAGGCCUUUAAGUUUCUAAGUACUUGUCUAGUCUAAGGUUUAAUGUAUUCAAGCUUUGUUCAAUGUAAUGAAACCCUAGUCUCAUUUUGUUCCUUUUUA